CACCAAUACCAGCUCCUCACUGGUGGGAGUGGGUCUGAAAUGGUUCUGCUCAGCUUUUAAAUUCAGGCAUUCAGGCUUCAUUCUGACAGCGAGGUCGAGUCAGCGGCAAGCAUCAUGACAACAUACACAGACAAAGGCGAAAAGCACGAUCAGGGCAAAUUCAUCUGCUUUGAUCAUAUAACCUUCUGGGUUGGAAAUGCUAAGCAGGCUGCCUCAUAUUACUGCAACAAGCUUGGAUUUGAGCCCUUGGCUUACCGGGGUUUAGAGACAGGCAGCCGUGAGGUGGUGUCCCACGCAGUCAAACAAGGAAAGAUCAUUUAUGUAUUUUCCUCUGCUCUCAAUCCUGGAAACACAGAGAUGGGAGAUCAUCUGAUGAAACAUGGGGAUGGAGUGAAAGACAUAGCUUUUACAGUGGAGGACUGUGACUUCCUGGUUCAGCAAGCCCGUGAGCGAGGGGCAGUUAUCCUAAAAGAGCCCCACAGUCUGGAGGACAAGUGUGGAAAAGUCAGGCUGGCUGUGCUUCAGACGUAUGGCGACACCACACACACAUUUGUAGAGAGGACAGGAUACACAGGCUUGUUUCUGCCUGGUUUUCAUCACCCUCUGUUCAAGGAUCCUUUCCUGGCCAAACUACCUGUUGGGAAACUGGACUUCAUUGAUCACGUUGUGGGAAACCAACCAGAAGAUGAGAUGGUCUCAGUUGUAGAAUGGUAUCGGAAGAACCUCCUCUUUCAUCGUUUCUGGUCAGUGGAUGACAAGCAGCUUCAGACUGAAUUUAGCGCCCUGCGCUCCAUCGUGGUGGCAAACUUUGAGGAGACUGUGAAAAUGCCGAUCAAUGAGCCUGCCAUGGGGAAGCGAAAGUCCCAGAUCCAGGAGUAUGUGGAGUACUAUGGAGGAGCGGGAGUGCAGCAUAUUGCCAUGAACACAUCAGAUAUCAUCACAGCAAUUCGUAACCUAAAGGAGCGCGGCAUGGAGUUUAUGACAGUGCCAGACACUUACUACGACCAGCUGAGGGAGAAGCUCAAACACGCUAAGAUCAAAAUCUCAGAGGACCUGGAUGUCCUGCAGGAACUGAGGAUUUUGGUGGACUACGAUGACAUGGGCUAUUUACUUCAGAUCUUCACCAAGCCGGUCCAGGAUCGCCCCACUGUGUUCUUGGAGGUCAUUCAGAGACACAAUCACCAGGGCUUCGGUGCAGGGAACUUCAAGUCUCUUUUUGAAGCCAUCGAAGCAGACCAGCACGCCAGAGGAAACCUGACCGUCCUCACACCAAAUGGCGAUACGAAGAACAUGUGAACCCUCACAAAUACUCCACGAGUCUGAAUAUUCUCAGUAUUAACUCACCAUGCAGACUGCAUCAACACUAAUGUUAUGUAGACAGUGUGAAUACACAAGUCAGGGUGGUUACCUUUAUCUCUUAAUCCCAUCGUUUACAUGUUAGCUUAGAAUCUCUUUUGGUAAAAGUGUUAUGAAACAAAUCUAUCAAGAGAACAUCACAUAGAAUAUUAACAAGAAAGACAUCUUUACAAGCUUGACUCAAGCAAAACGUAGUGGAAGCUCUCAUAAAUGAAAACAUGAAACUAUUAUCUGAACAUGGAGGUCCACGGACCUUUAAAUGAAACGAGGCUUUUAGCUUCUCUCCUGUUGAAAUAAAAAAUUUAAACUAGCA